AUGGAAGGCCGUUGGUUUCCGGCUGGACCGCAAAUGUGAGCCAUUCAAAUUUUAUUUUUGUUACUUCACCUAGAACUUGUUCAUUGAUUGUUUCGUCUGAACUUUGAGAACCAGAACUUAUUUUAAUACACUGUGCGUCAAAUUUAAAGACGCACCCCCAUUUUUGCAGUUUUCAAAGAUACGUUGAACUUCUUGCAAUCAAACCUAUUUUAUGAUGAACCUUAGAUCAAAUAACUAACAUUGGAAAGAGAACUACAGCAGACUCAGUACAACAAAUUUUCGAAAUCCGUCAAAAAUAGUUUUUCGACCGGGUCAUAAUUAUAGACGCACCCUGGGUCAGAGCUCAUUAUUCAUUUUUGUUGGAACUUUCGCCUUUCUUUUUAAUUUAAAAAAAACACCAAAGUUAGUAGGAGGCCACAGCAUUUUUAUUAAUUUUGAAUCAAGCAAUUUUAUUUACAAACCAUGCGAAAAGCGAAAAAAAUAACCGAAAAUUUCAGAAAAAAUGGUUUCUUCUGGAAAUAUCAAGGAAUUUAUAUCGAAGUUUGCGCAUUAAAUUUUCAAAUAACGUUGUUUUGAACAAUGACUGAAAAGUUCGAGAGGACAAAAUGCUUCUGCGGAGGGUAGCGUUUUGCUGCCUGUAAAUAAAAUGGCUCGAUUCAAAAUUAAUUAAAAUGCUGUGGCCUCCUACUAACUUUAGUGUUUAUUUGAAAUAAAAAAGUUCAUCAUAAAAUAGGUUUGAUUGCAAGAAGUUCAACGUAUCUUUGAAAACUGCAAAAAUGAAGGUGCGUCUAUAAUUUUGACGCGCAGUGUAUAACCAGAUAAAUUUUUUGGUUAGAAAUCAAUAGUUCAACGUGAUUGAACCUGAUUUCGGACUGUUUUCAAUAAUCCCCAUGAAGUGACAAUCAUUGAAUUUUCAGUUGGAGCUUGACAGUGACCCAAAUCACGCAAUGGGUCAAAUGGUCCUUUCCGUUCUCGGGAAAGAAGGAACGCAGUCUUGUUCGAAUUGACGCCGCCUGAGGAAGCUCGCUCAUUCCUAUUCAGGAAUUUGAUCGCAGGUACUUAAAUAAAAUGUUCUUUUUUGUUAAUUUCUUCUUUAGAGCGCUCAGGCAGCCAGAGCCAGCGUCCAUUGAAUGCCGGCAGCUCCUGGCGAGAUCGCAAAUGUUGGUGAGGAUUUUUUUCUCCUUCUCCAUAGAUAGUUUUUCAUUCCUGGUUUUCUGAACUUAGAACGAGAACAAAUGUUAGUAUAACUGAAUCAAUAUUUUGUUUCCGAAUUAACAGUUCAUCGUGAUUGAACCUAAUUUCCCACUGUUCGAAAUAUUACUUACAAAUUAACAAUAAUUACUUUUCAGCAGAAGCUUAGCGGUGACCCAAAUCACGCUAUGGGUCAAGCUCUCAUUUCCAUUUUCAUGAGAGUAGCAAGAGCCGGGAGAGUAGCAAGAGCCGUGCUGGAAUCGCACGCCUACUUCUUCAUGAAAAAUGAAGUCGGAUGUGGUUUGUUCUAGGAGGUUUUCAUUUUUCAAAUUAAACUUUCAGAGUCCUAA